UCUCUCUCUCGAUUUGAUCCCAUGUUUACAUGUCUGCGCUACGGACACAUUCGUUAUCUGGGUGACAUCGCUAGGAGACCCACGAAUUUUGUUCGGCGGUAUGUGUCGCGUCAUGCUCAUGUUCACGUCGACAAUGUGCUCGACGAAUUGCCGCACCGAGACGUCUACUCUCUCAACUCAAAUCUCUCGUCUUACCUCCGCAACGGGAACCCAAAUGCGACGUGGGCUCUUUUUCUUUCGAUGGUUCGUGGGAGCCUUGAACUCAGCCCUUACUCCUUCACUCCCGUUCUAGGCGCGUGCAGCGUCUUGCCUUACCCUGAACGUGGCCGCCAAGUUCACGCCUUGAUGAUCAAACAUGGUGCUCAUUCAGGAGUCAUCGCCAAAACUGCGCUUAUCGACAUGUACUCCAAGUAUGGGCAGUUGGGUGAUUCCGUUAAGGUUUUUGAGGACGUUAGGGACAAAGAUGUGGUCUCCUGGAAUGCUAUGCUUUCGGGUUGUCUCAGAAACGGUUACGGACAAGAAGCUCUGGGCGUUUUUGCAGAAAUGGUGAGGGAAAACAUGGUAAAACCUCUACACGGGCAAUUCUUCUUUGGUAUAACUGUCUCCAAUAUAGGUGGUGUACAUGGGAUAUUGCGACAAGGAAAGCAAGUUCAUGCGUUGGUGGUUGUGAUGGGCCGUGAUCUCGUGUUUUCAGGUACUGCAUUGAUAGAUUUCUACUCGAGUGUCGGGUUAAUGAGUGAAGCUAUGAAGGUUUAUAGUAGCUUAAAUGCUCCAGCGGAUGAGGUCAUGUUGAACUCCCUGGUAUCUGGGUGUGUUGAAAACCGAAGGUACAAUGAAGCUUUUCGGAUUUUGUGUCGUAUUAGACCAAAUGUGAGAGCGCUUACCAGUGCUCUUGCUGCUUGUUCUGAGAAUACAGAUCUAUGGAUUGGUAGGCAGAUACAUUGUGUUGCCAUACGGCAUGGUUUCCUUUCAGAUACCCAGUUAUGCAAUGUUAUACUGGACAUGUAUGCCAAAAGUGGAAAGAUAUUACAGGCUCGUGCUGUGUUCGAAGGUGUUCUGUUCAAAGAUGUGGUUACUUGGACGAGUAUGAUAGAUGCGUACUCUGUCCAUGGGCAUGGCAAUAAAGCGCUUGAACUUUUCAGGGAAAUGUGUGAAGAAUCAAGCCAAGUCUCACCCAAUUCAGUGACCUUUCUUGUUGUUUUAUCGGGCUGUGGGCAUGCAGGGCUAGUUCAAGAGGGUAAAGAAUGUUUACGUGUGAUGAAGGAGAAAUACGGGUUGGUUCCAGGACCUGAGCAUUACGUAUGUUUAAUAGAAAUGUUAAGCAAGUCUGGUGAUAUGGAAGAGAUAUGGAAACUAUUGGGUACAAUGAAAGAAGACGAUCGCAAGACCACGGCUCCAAUCUGGGCAGCCAUUUUGAAUGCGUGCAGUCAUAACAUGGAUGUUUCGAGAGGUGAGUACGCAGCCAGGAGGCUAAUGGAGAUGGACCCUGAUAACGCGAGCAGCUAUGUGUUGGUUUCGAAUUUCUACGCAGUGAUUGAGAAAUGGGGCUUGGUAAACGAGCUGAGAGGUGUGAUGAAGGAGAGAGGUCUGCUUAAAGCAGCGGGCAGUAGCCGGUCUAGUUAGGGGCAUGGCCUGACGAUCCGACUGAGAAGAUUCUAUUAUCAGUCUGAUGAUUUCUGUUCUUUCUUGCUUCAAUAAGUCGUGAAGGAUGUCGGAUGCUAUUGGCGGUUGAACAUUGCGAUGGGGGAGGUGUGAAUGAAUAUAAGUUAUAAUUUUGGUUCUA